AUGGCUGUCGAGGCCGGAAUGUCCCUGAGAAAAGCCGCGCAGAUAUACUCCAUACCUAAAUCGGUUAUACAUCGAUAUAUAAAAAUCGGUUAUAUGACGCGACUAAAACACACAGGAAACGAAGGAUACCCUCAGAUUGUUAGUGUUCGCGAUACGCACGCGGUGAAUUACCUGAACUGUCAGAGGGUGACUUAUCCCUGCAAGAACUGCGGUAAGAUCUACAACUACUACUCCAGUCUGGCGCGACAUCUGAAACACGAGUGUGGCGUGGAACCAAAAUUUCACUGUCCUCUGUGUCCGUACAAGACGAAGCACAAAUCAAGCCUGAACACCCAUUUGAACGGCAGGCACAUGAAGCUCCUGAACGCCGCUGACUUGUACGCCGCGUCUAACGUCAAGUCGUCUUCGAUGGAUGCCAGAAAUUAA